AUGUACGGAAGACGUCUUUUUCUAUGCUUGUUUCUGUUACCCUUUUCCUUCUGCUCCCCGGUCGAGAAUGCCGCCCGUGAGGAUGUUCUUGCCAAAGCGACAAAGAAUUACCAGGGAAUCAAUUGGGAUCUUGCAGCCAACGACUGCGGAGGAUCCAGGUUCAACACCCUGGUGGAAGCCACUCGGAUGGCCAUCCAGCUCACCGAACGCCCAAGCCAACCGGUGAGUACGCCGGGGUGGAACCGCUUCUUCCUCUCCGACAAGCAUAUCAAGAAAAGGGAAGGCUGGAUUGUAGGUGCUCCUUCCAAACCCAGUGUCCAUGCGCCUCCUGCUCAAGCAGCACCGUAA